AUGACCAGAAACUCCAGGCCCAACAUUGUGCUGCUGAUGGCGGACGACCUGGGGGUAGGGGAUCUGUGCUGCUACGGUAAUAACACAGUGAGCACACCCAAUAUCGACCGCCUGGCAAGCGAAGGCGUGAGGCUCACCCAGCACCUGGCAGCUGCCUCCGUAUGCACCCCGAGUCGAGCUGCCUUCCUGACAGGGAGGUACCCCAUCAGAUCAGGAAUGGCGUCUCCCUACAACCUGAACCGCGGGCUCACCUGGCUUGGAGGCUCGGGCGGUCUGCCCACCAAUGAAACGACCUUUGCCAAGCUGCUGCAGCACUACGGCUACCGCACGGGCCUCAUAGGCAAAUGGCACCAGGGUUUGAGCUGUGCCUCUCGGAAUGAUCACUGCUACCACCCCCUCAACCAUGGGUUCGACUAUUUCUACGGGCUGCCCUUUGGCCUCCUAAGCGAUUGCCAGGCCUCCAGGACGCCGGAGCUCCACCGCUGGCUCCGGAUCAAACUUUGGAUCUCCACGGCCGUGCUCAGCCUCGUCCCCCUGCUGCUCCUCAUCCCCAAGUACGCCCGCUGGUUCGUGGUUCCGUGGAAGGUCAUCCUCACCUUCGCUCUCCUCGCCUUUCUGUUUUUCAUUUCCUGGUACUCCAGUUACGGGUUUACUCGGCGUUGGAACUGCAUUCUUAUGAGAAACCAUGAAAUCAUCCAGCAGCCAAUGCGGGAGGAAAGAGUGGCUUCACUCAUGCUGAAGGAGGCCCUUGCCUUUAUCGACAGGUACAAACGCGGCCCCUUCCUGCUCUUUGUGUCUUUCCUGCACGUCCACACUCCGCUGAUCACCAAAGACAAGUUUGUGGGGCACAGCAAGUAUGGUCUCUACGGGGAUAACGUCGAAGAAAUGGAUUGGAUGGUGGGUAAGAUCCUGGAGACCCUGGACCAGGAGCGCCUGACCAAUCACACACUGGUGUACUUUACCUCAGACAACGGGGGUCGCCUGGAGGUGCAAGAAGGCGAGGUCCAGCUGGGUGGCUCCAACGGCAUCUACAAAGGUGGGCAAGGGAUGGGCGGAUGGGAAGGCGGCAUUCGUGUCCCAGGAAUAUUCCGGUGGCCGACAGUCCUGCAGGCUGGGAAAGUGAUUAACGAACCCACGAGCCUAAUGGACAUUUACCCAACACUGUCUUACAUAGGCGGAGGGAUGUUGCCCCAGGACAGAGUCAUCGAUGGCCGGAACCUAAUGCCCCUGCUGGAAGGCAGAGUGUCCCACUCGGACCAUGAGUUCCUCUUCCACUACUGUGGGGUCUACCUUCAUACAGCCAGGUGGCAUCAGAAGGACUGUGCAACCGUGUGGAAGGCCCAUUACGUGACUCCCAAAUUCUCCCCCGAUGGAGCUGGCGCCUGCUAUGGAAGCGGAAUAUGUCCGUGUUCUGGAGAUGUCACCUACCACGACCCUCCGCUGCUCUUUGACGUCUCAAGAGACCCUUCUGAGACCCGACCCCUAAACCCUGACAAUGAAGCAUUAUUUGACUCAGUGGUCAAGAAAAUCGAGGCGGCCAUAAAAGAGCAUCGCAGGACACUCACACCUGUCCCACAGCAGUUCUCAGUGUUCAACACCCUUUGGAAACCAUGGCUGCAGCCCUGCUGUGGGACUUUCCCCUUUUGUGGGUGUGAUAAAGAAGAUGACAUCCUAUCCACUGCUUGGUGA